AUGUCUUCGAAUAUUGAAGAAUCAAAACUCAUCAACGAAGUGGUCGUUCUCAGUUCGCAAGGCCAGAAAACCCACAUGGAAAUAAGUGGUAAAUCAUCCAUGUCCUUGAGUAUUCGCGACAGGUUGUUGAUAGACAAGGUAAAGUCGUUCAACAACUGCAUCUACGUAGGUAAUUUGGACCAUAGAAUAACAAAGAAGGAGUUGGAAGUGCACUUCUCCAGAUGCGGUUACAUCAAUAACAUUAGGAUUCUUGUCUCGAUGAUCAAAGGAUUGCACCAAGGACAUGCUUACAUUGAGUUUUUCGACGAGAAUUCGUUGUUCGUUGCGAGCUGCUUGGAUGGCACCUAUCUCUACAAUAAACCGAUCGAGGUGCUUCCUAGGAAGUCGAAUGGACCUGUAAGCACGUCUCGCUAUUACACCAACAUUUUCGGACCGUUCUCAGAUGUGGAAGACUUCUACAAAGUCGAAGAAGAGGAGGAAAAAGAGAGUGACGAUUCUAGUGUCGACGGGGAAAUGACGAAGGAGGAAAUGGCCAGAUGGCAACGCAAUGAAGCUGUAAUGAGAGUUCGCCGUUGGAGAGUCACCCAGAAACCGUACUAA